AUGAGGAAGAAACACCAUGUUGCACUCCAGCACCUUGACCCUCACCAUGAAUGGAGUGGUGAUGGGCAUGACAAACUGGCACGGAUCAGUUUUCCUAUCUGGGGUAUCCGUGACUGCUGGUCAGGGAAGUGGUUAGGGCUCUGGGUUGUGCCAAAUAACCGUUUUAAGUCACUCAUCACCUACCUUUACCUUUGGCUGGUGCAUGAGUUGGGUGGAAUGCCAAUUCAGACCACUACAGAUUGUAGCUCUGAAACUACGGAAAUGUAUGGAUUUGCGCUAGCACUGCGCACAGACAAUACUACCAUUGAGCAUGGUUGGCUUAGGCUAAGGCUCCAAUGGGGUGACAAUGUCAAGGAGGUCUGGGAGAAAGGGCGGCUAAUUUAUGAUGAAACGAAUGUGAAUCAAUUUAAACUAGUUCAGUGGCUUUGGCCCAAGCUGAUUCAGCAGGAAUUGGAAGAUUUGAAGGAGAAGUUCAACAAUCAUCCCGUCCGCAAGGAUCACAACAAGCUCAAUCCAUCUGGAGACAUGCCGGAAAUGAUCAUGCAGUUAGCGGUCAAAGAAUACAGCACUACUAAUUGCCUGCAGCCCAUUGAUCAUGCCAUUGUUGAGAAUUUAAUGGCAGACCUUGAGGUGGAGAAGCUGUUAGAGUUUGUUGAUCCAGCAUUUGCUAUUCGUGCUGAGGAAGCCUACAACUCCUUGAAUAUUACACGGCUGGACUUUUACAACGUCUGGCACAUUUUUCAGGCUAUACUACCCAUUAUGUUUCCCACGUAA